AUGUUACGGGUUUCCUUGAUUGAAUUUUUUUUGGAAAGUGGCUGUGGUUUGAACAACCAGCAAUUUGAGAAUGAAAAUGUCUGCACGCACAAUGAUGAUUUUCAUGGGGGAGGAGAGACAAAUAAUUUUAUUGAAACUAAUGAGCGUGUAAUAGAAGAUGUUCUCCCUUGUGAAGUGGAGAAAUUUAUGGAAACUAAUGAGGGUAUAAUAGAAGAUGUUCUCCCUUGCCAAGUUGAGAAAUUUAUGGAAGCUAAUAAGCAUAUAAUAGAAGACGUUCUCCCUUGCCAAGUUGAGAAAGAGGUUCCAUUGGAUAACGAAGACGAUGAUAUUCAGUUGCCUGAACAAUUAGAGGAUGCAAUGAUUGGAACACAUCAUAGCUAUAUUUUUUCUGAUGGCUCGGGUUUUCAUAAAGGAUAUAGAUUUCUGAACAAAGAAGUCGUAGUGAACAAACUGAAACUUGUCGCAAUCAGAAAGGGUUUCGAGUUUGCUACAAAGAAGUCUAACAAAUCAUUGGUAAGUGUUGCAUGUGUUGAAAAAAGCUGCAAGUGGAGGGUUCGUGUUGUUAAGUAUAUUAGCUCAAAUGCCUUCCGUAUCACAAAAUAUAAGCCUAAUCACUCUUGUGACUUGAGAUCUAUAUCUGGUAGACAUAGGCAUGCUUCUGCCAGCGUUAAUGCAGAAUUUAUCAAAGAGAGGUUUAGAGAAGGAAAAUGUCCUAUACCGAAGGAAAUAAUGAACAUUGUGAGUAUAGAGUUGAGAUGUGAUGUUAGUUACUGGACAUGCUGGAAGGCCAAGCAACUUGCACAAAAUAUGAUAUGGGGAACACCGGAACAUGGAUACGCGACACUGGAAGCAUAUCGGUACGAGAUUGAAAAAGCAAAUGAAGAUACCUUUACGGCUUUGGAGGUUCAAGAUGGAAGAUUUUUAUAUUAUUUUGUUGCCUAUAGGCCAUGCAUAAGAGGAUUUAAGAACAUAAGAAAUGUCCUCGCUGUGGAUGGGACUUUUUUAACGGGCCAAUGUGGUGGUGUAAUGCUAAUUGCAAGUGGACAGGAUAGUGAAAAUCAAAUAUAUCCUAUAGCUUGGGCUGUGGUUAACUCAGAGAAUGAUCUUUCUUGGACUUGGUUUUUUCGUCAAUUACUCAAUGUAGUGCCAAAUACAAAUGAGUUAUCCAUCAUAUCAGACAGAAAUGCGAGCAUAAAGAAAGCAAUUGCUACAGUUUACGAUCAAGCUCAUCACGGAUAG